UAUAAGCCAGUUGGCACCUCUGGUUGAUGGGUUUGUAAACCAUAGCAUAAAAUGUCAGUUAGUCAAAAAAAGUAAAAUUCAGUGUAUUUACAUUUACGGUUUGGUAUUUUUGUGUUUAGUGAUUGGGAGUGAUACCGAAUUUAUGGGUACAUGCAACAAUUUUAUACAUAUAUUCAAGAUUAACAGCGUUUUUUGAAUAAAUAAAUAAUAUUCAAGAGCUAAAGAAAUCGAUUUUAUUUUAUAUUCUAUACACAUAUUUAUUUUAAAUAUUGACAAUUUUAAACAUAAACAAUGUCUGAUGAUAAUGGUUCUCAGUUGAAUUUGAGAGGUUUUAGGAUAAACAAAAAAACCUUUAGUCAUGACCCAACAUCAACAUCUAGCCAUUCUGGGAAUGGUGAAUCUGGGGUGUCGUCUGUUAAUCCUUCAGCGCCAAGAAGGAGAAGAAUAAUAAUACUCCCUACUGAUUCUGAUUCUGAUUCAGACUCAAACCAAAUCAUUCAACCACCUAAUAGCACUAAAAAUAUUCAACCAGAAAGCAGUUCUAAUACUCCCAAUAAUAUUGUUGUGACAAACGGUGUCAGAAGAACAAUGAAAACACCAUCAAUUUUGGAGAAAGAACGUCAAAUGAAAUUUUUACUAGAUAUGUUUCCCCGCUUGGAGGCUAUGGUGAUCCAUGAUAUGCUUUCCAAAUAUAAUUUUAAUACUGAUGAGGCUGCUUCUGAGUUAGCAAGGUUACAUGGUAAAGAAGUCUUGCCAGGGGGUUAUGCCAAGUGGAAAUUGGAUUAUCAGCAGAAGGUAAUCCAGUCUAAUGUUUCCAGGGAAGAAAUUCAAAGAAGUUUCAAAAGGCAGGCUUCAGAAAAGAUAGAAUCUGGCAAAAAGAGAGUGAAAAAGAGAAAAACCGCGGAUUAUGACACUGAUGAUAGUACAGAAGGUAGUAAUUAUAAGGAUAGAAGAGUUUUCAACAGCGAUGAUGAAGAUUCAGAUGCUGAAUUGAAUGAUGAACUUAUGGGAGAUAAAAAAAAUGUUUUUGAUUUCCUACAAAAUGCAACGUUAACAGAACUCCAACUAAUGAAUAGCUGUUCCAAAAAAAAAGCUGAAGCUCUAAUAGAAGCAAGACCUUUUACUGGAUGGAUUGAUUUGGUGGAGAAAUUAGAAAAAAAUAAAAACUUGAGCACUGACAUAUUGAAUGCUGCACAGCAAGUGCUUUAUAUUCGUAAUAAUAUAAAAAAUUUAAUGAGAAAGUGUUCGAAUAUAGCAACUUCGAUGGAGAGAGCAGUAGCUGCUGGUGCCGGCGUCAAGGAGCAACCUCGAAAUUUAUCAUCAGCGUUGAAGUUGACUAGUUAUCAGAUGGUUGGUUUAAAUUGGUUAGCAGUAUUACAUUCCCAGGGAGUAAAUGGCAUUUUGGCUGAUGAAAUGGGCUUAGGUAAAACGGUACAAGUUAUAUCGUUUUUGGCAUAUUUGAAAGAAACGGGCCAGGCCAAGGAUACGCAUUUAGUUGUUGUACCUGCUUCUACACUAGAUAAUUGGAGGAACGAAUUUGCAAGAUGGUGUCCAGAAUUGAGAGUUUUUAUGUAUUAUGGUAGUAUAGAAGAAAGAAAAGUUUUUAGGAUAGAAUUCGCUCAAGGGGUACUUGAGGAAUUUGAUGUUGUACUUACUACGUAUACAACAGUAGCCAAUACCCCAGAAGAACGAAAAAUGUUCAAAGUGAUUCCUAUGCAUUAUGUGAUAUUUGAUGAAGCUCAUAUGUUAAAGAAUAUGAAUACUCAAAGAUAUGAAAAUCUUAUAAGGAUCAAUGCCAAACAUAGAAUUUUGCUGACUGGUACUCCAUUACAAAAUAAUCUGCUUGAGUUAAUGUCAUUAUUGAUAUUUGUGAUGCCGAAAAUGUUUGCUGAGAAAACAACAGAUAUAAAGAGUCUUUUCCAAAAGGGUUCGAAAUCCAAUCAAGCUGAUGGAAAUGUACCUACGUUCGAAAAAGAGCAAAUUGAAAAGGCAAAACGGAUAAUGAAGCCUUUUGUGUUGAGAAGAUUGAAACAGGAUGUCCUAAAGGAUCUUCCUACAAAAACAGAUCAUGUUAUGCAUGUACCCAUGGCACCUACCCAGAAAGAACAGUAUGAAACUUUAGUUGCUUCUUAUCAAGCUGCCAAUUUAGAGGCUAAGGAAAAUGACGAGGUACCUCUUAACAGUAUGACCAUGAUGACUGACCUACGAAAACUAAGUAACCAUCCACUUUUGUUGAGGUACCACUAUGAUUACACACAAAUCCUAGAAAUCGCAAAAAGGCUUGCGAAAGAUCCAGGUUAUAAAGACACCAAAGAAGAAUACAUCAUAGAUGAUUUACUCUGCAUGUCUGAUUUUGAUAUUCACUCGCUUAUCAAGAAUUUUGCUUGUCUGGAUAAUUAUGACCUUCCUGAUAAUCUUAUACUAUGCUCUGGAAAAUUUUUAUUUUUGGAUAAAUUACUCGGAGAACUGAAACAAGGAGGACAUAGAGUUCUUAUUUUCAGUCAGUAUGUGAUUAUGUUGAAUAUCAUGGAGAAAUAUAUGAAAUUAAGAAAACAUGAAUACUGUAGAUUAGAUGGCAGCACACCAGUAGGUUUAAGGCAAGAUUUAAUAAAUGAAUUCAAUGAAAAUAAGAACAUUUUUGUCUUCCUUCUCUCAACAAAGGCUGGCGGAUUAGGAAUAAAUUUAACAGCUGCAGAUACUGUGGUCAUACAUGAUAUUGAUUUCAACCCCUAUAAUGAUAAACAAGCAGAAGACAGGUGUCACCGAAUGGGUCAAACAAGACCUGUUACAGUAUAUAGACUAAUUUCUCAGGGAACUAUCGAAGAGGGUAUGCUGGAGAUGAAUAAAGAAAAGCUUAAAUUGGAACGACAAAUUACAGAUGAGGGAGACAAUCCUGAUGUUAAGAGUGUGGUCAGAUUGCUCUCAUCUGCCCUUGGCGUAGACUCCAAACUGGUACAUAGGGAUUCAUUGAAGAAAUCAGGAAUAUAACCAUUAUUUUAAAUGACUUUUGUACAUUCAAAUCGUGAUAUCCAUUAACUUUUUACUUGUUGGCAAUUUUCAAUAAACUAAGUUUUGAUAAAAUGA